GAUGCGGACAAGCCUGUUCGAUCGCAUAGAUUCUCUCUUUGUAUCUGAAGACCAUGAUUGAGUUUUGUUGAGCUUCUGAGAUCGGUGUUUCAUCUAGUGAUGUUGUUGUUGACGGUGAUGAAGGUUUCAUGAACGUUUUGCAAGAUUGAGGUGGUGUUUCUUUUGGAGAGUCCCAUGGAUCUGGCGUUGGCAGGCAUAUCCUUGUUUUGUUGUUGUCUGCUUUUUCGAUAUUUGGGAAUGAGGAGGAAAGGCCUGCGUAAAGCCAUGGGUUGUUGUUGGCCAUGAUUUCGAUCGGACUUCUCUCCAAACUUGAUGUGGGUUUGACGUUAAACGAUCUUCCUGCAAUACUUUUGCUUACGACCAAGUGACUCAAGUGAUGGUAUGGAGUUGAGAAAGGAGGAAGUAUGCUUACGUAAUCGAGCUGAGAGUCGCGCUAGUCGGACCUUAAAUCUCACUUCGGGAAAGUGCUUCCGCUUCCGCCUGUCCAAGCGCUUCUCUCAUCUAUACCAACAACAUCAAAUUUUUGUACUAGGGCGUCCGACACCAACUUCACACUUUUCUCCCAACCAGCAUCGGCACUACAGCGAGCUUUCUCAUCAGAACCAUCGAAUACUCCUCCUGACUUGUCUAAUUCAAAGGUCACGCGACGGGGAACUUCUCUGCGGAGAUUCUGCUGCACAUUACCUGGCGAAUCCAUCCUUCAAAUCACAGAAGAAAACGAGGAUGUCUUUCAAGCUGACCGCUAGAGCUGUCGCGGCGUUUUCUCUUCCAAUCAGGAGUGGACUUUCUUUCUGGUCGCUAUCUCGGACCCAGGCACCACGGCGUCUCUUUACUGGCACGUUCAAUUAUUCUGCGUCUACUGAGCAACAAGAAGCACUUGAAGAACGUCGUGCAAAGUGGCGCGAAUGGGCCAGAUCGCGGAGGGAAAGACUUAAAUCGGAUCCCGAGGCAUACGAAAAAGUGCGCCAAAAGGGUCGUGAAUAUUGCCAAAAACUAUGGGCUACCAACGAAUCGACCCGAAAGAAACAUACAUUGUGCAACUGGGUCAUUCGUGUCGUUGCCAAUGGAACCCAAGUGGAUUGGACGACUCACGAGGCAGUCAUUACGACAGAAAGAGUCGAACAUGACUGUGCCACGUGCCAUAGGCCAUACCAUAAUGGAGUCAAGCUGUGGUACGUAUGAUCAGACACAGUAUCCAUGACCCUACAGCCAGCAGCGGUCGGCCGUCGGCUGGAUGUACAGCCCCAGCAUGUAUUGUGGCAGUCCGCGUGCCACAGAUGUGCCUGCAGCGAGCGCCUACAGGUGUUGGCUGUGAUUUCUCCAA